AUGUUUGUUAAUAGUCUUCAGGCGCUGUCUUCGAAUGGACACAAUGAAAUGAUAUCACUGCCUUAUCCAACUAUUAAACGGUUUCACCUGGAUCACAACAGGUUGUUGUGGUUGUUACUGCCUUUCGUAUUCGUGCUGGUUCAGUCAGAUAUCAAUGUUCUUAACAACGAAGGGCUGAUCCCGGCUGGGCCUAACCGAGCGUAUGCAACCAUUCCAAUGUCUUACAAUUACUCAGCAUACUUGGCCCGUCAUAAAAGCGUUGACAUUAACCAAAAGUUUCAAUCACCCCAGACGGUAUUAAUUAGAUCAAGAUGUUCUGAUGAAUUUAUCGAACUUGGUCCCUCAGGCAAAAUUAGAGCAGAAGGUUCAGAAAAUUCAGAACACGCAAGUUUAACGAUACAGUAUGGCCCAUUUGGAAUGGUACGGAUACGAGGAUCAGAAAAUAAAUACAUGUGUUUUAAUCAAAAAGGACGACUCAUAUUGCGAAGAAAUCCCAAGAUAUUCAGAUGUAUAUUUGUCGCAAGAAUGAUGAACGGAACAUACAUAUUUCAGUUAGCAUCAUUUCAAAGGUGGGCCGUUGGUUUCCGCAAAAAUGGCCGUCCUUUACGAGGGCACAAAUACAGCACCCAGAGGCGAAAAUGUUUCGAGUUCUAUCUUCGAGUCAGAGACAGCCCUAAAGAAAAUUUUUCCCCAAUCAAAGACCCCAUUUUCCUAUCGGCAUUGAAAACAAAUCGAUAAAGUGACAGACAAGGAAUUUUAAAAAAUACAUAAUGAGUUGUGGCCGAUAGGAAAAUAAAAAUUAAUAAACAAAAUUAUAUAAAAAUUAUAUACAUAUACGUAUAAUGUAAAUUAUAUGAAUAUAUGUAUAUAUAUAUGUAUGUAUGUAUGUAUAGUAUAAUAUAAUUAACUAAAAAAAAAACUAACUAAAUGAAAAAAGAACGAGACGGGGAACAAUACAAACGAAGAAAGAACACACACAAGAGAAACAAAUUUACCAGGAAAGGAAAGACAAAACAAUUACGAUACACUCAAGUAAUUAUAUUUUAAUAAUUAUCAAAUUACAAAGUGAUCAUAGUUAAUAACAUACGAUAAUAAUGACGGUGAUGAUGGUAAACUCUUCAUUAUGAUGAUAUUAAUGAUAAUAAUGGUGAUGACCACGGCGUUGAUGAUAAGGAGGACAACGGCGACCAUGUUGAUGAUGAAGGUGGUGGCGGCGGUGGUGGCGGUGAUAACGAUGAUCGUAAUGGUCAAUAUGAUGAUGAUGAUGAUGAUGAUGAUGAUGAUGAUGAUGGUGGUGGUGGUGAUGGUGAUGGUGAUGGUGAUGAGGAUAAUGAUGAUGAUGAUGGUGAAGAUAACGAUAUUGUUUAUGUGUAGAAUUACUAAAUUUAUUCAAAGGCAACCGUUCAGAUGUGUUGAAACUAAACCUAAUUUUCCGACGGACAUUAGGACAAGAAUCGCAAUUAUACAACGUCUUACGACACACCACUGUGAUGACGUCAUUCCUAUGACGAUUAAAAAAUGGAGAUGGUACAUCCAUCGGACAUUGCUUCCAAGAAAUCAUGAUACCAGCAUCAUAAAUCGAACAUUCUACAGGAAACAUGCAGUCAACUUCACAUACAAUUUGGCUUUGAAUAUAUUUUUUUGCAACAGAUAUUACCAAAUAAAAUGUCAAAACUAAAA